CGCCACGCCAGGGGUCAGUGUGGGCUAGCAGAAGGAAAGUAAUUCACCUUUCACGACAACGAAUAAAAAACACCCUAGGGAAAGCACAAAAUGAGACUUUUCGCGGAUCUACUGUAAUAUACGUCUUUAUAUUACUGCGAUAACGUCUCCAAAGUCCGUAUCUAGCGAAAUGAUUACUACGGCUCUCGCCUUUUAGUUGUUUCAGUGUCGUUUGUUGUAAAGUUGAAUAGCCAAGCAAGGCACAGCGUGCCAACGCGUCGUCGCUAGCCGGACUAGGAGUCAUUGGUGUCACAGCGCACAUAAAAUCGUAUUUUUACCAACGUUCACAGUCUUUUAUUCCCCUUUGUCAGAGGCCGAAUGGUUCGGCGGUUACUGUUUGGCAUAUUUACGUGCCUUUGUUGCACCUUGCGUCCGGCACGCCGUUACCUUUUGACCAUGCAACGUUUUUUGACGAGAUUUGUCAGCCGCCUUUGGCUGGGCGAGCCCGUGGCGGCGGUGAUGAGCACCGAAACUCGACUGCACGAGCAAGGGCGACGAAAGAUGGUGGUGGGCCUGGGAAACCCGGGGAUGGAGGGCACGCGGCACAGUGUGGGCAUGGCGGUAGUCGACGCCCUGGCGGCCCGUUUGGGCAAAGGCCAAAGUUGGAGGAGCGACAGGCAACUUUCCGGCGAGGUGGUGAUGGCGGACGAGCGCCGCCUGGUGUUGCUGCGCCCCCGAGUGCUGAUGAACAUCAACGGUGUGGCGGUGGCCAAAGCAGCCAGCAAGUACGGCAUCCAACCUGAGGACAUCCUGCUGGUCCAUGACGAGCUCGACAAACCUUUAGGAAAGGUUGGCAUCAAACAUGGAGGAAGCGCAAGAGGCCACAACGGCGUCCGCUCCUGCGUGGACUGCCUGCGCAGUGACGUGAUGCUCAGGCUGCGGGUCGGCAUCGGGCGUCCGGCGGGUAACACGUCGGUAGAGCGCCACGUCCUGGGCCACUUCUGUCCUGAGGAGCGGAAAAUUUUGGACUCUGUCGUCGUUCAGAGUGUCGACAUUCUGAUGUCUCAUCUUGGCAAUCAAGAAGAAAAGUGCACAUCGUCAUCCUUGCCAGCAGGGGGCAGACGAAAGAAAGUGACCAGGAUAGAACACCUCCAGACACAUAUAUAAAACUACUUUUUGUUCACAAGCAGAAUAUAGUUUCCAAAACUAAUGUAGGACUACAUCCUGGUAAAUUUCAAAAACAAGAUGGACUGAAAUAUAAUGCACAACAUCCAAAUAAAAGUCAUUUGUUUACAAGAACCUGCAAAGUCCUAGCAAGCCACCAGGAAGUAGCAACCCACUAGUGGAAAAGCGAAACAUGGCUGCAUGUCAUUUUCAUCUCACAUGACACAUUUUGUACACAAGUGUCAAGAAUCCGCUUGCUGGCAGUCACACAAGUUCUCAAGCAAAAUUCCUUAGUUCACAAAAAGGUGCCAAAAAUCCUAUUUUGCCGGCCAUCAGGAAGUAGCAAAAUAAAAAGAAAUAAAAGCUAAACACAUGCUCCAACUGUCAUGACACUCAUACAGUUUUCUGUUCAUAAGUGAUCAGCACCUGCUGGCAAGCACAACAUAGCAG